CAUGAGGGACUACUCAUCCCGCUCUUCUCGUUGGACAACUUUCAUUCGCCGAACAUCAAAUAUGGUCUAAAUCGGUCUUUAACCUGAUGCAGCUCCCAUAUAAACCGAUGUCCCGAUUUUACUUUUAGAGCCCCUAAGGGGCACAAAUCUUAUCCAAGUUGGCCCUAACUUGAGGUGGCUCUAAUAGCAUAGCAAUUCUUAUCCAUCAUACCUUGUUUGCCUAAAAAGAGAUACCGGGCAAAAACCUCGAUAAAUGUGGAGGGUAUAUAAGAUUCGGCCAGGCCGAACUUAGCACGCUUUUGCUUGUUUUAAUUAUUAUUUAAUUAUUGUUUUAUCUGUCAUUUUAGAUUCAGAUUUAGAUCCCCCCGAUACUCCUGCUGCAGCUGCCACCUCCACGGAAGCCCAAUUGCAAAUGCUUGUCAAACUAUCCACAGAGGGUGUACCCAAACUUUUCUGCCCCAUUUGCAAUAAGGCUUUAAUCUCCUUACAUGGCUAUGUUAAGCAUGUGAAAAAACAUGAACCUCCUGGAGGAUUUCUAUGUCGCUUUUGUGAGGCCCGUUUUUGCUCGGACGAAGAGUUGAAGAAGCAUCGCGAGACCGAACACACCACCAUAGCAUGUCGCCUGUGUAAGGACACCACAUUCACCAACGAGGAGGAAUACAGAACGCAUAUACGUGACAUUCACAAGGGAGUGGAUCGUCAAUUGUACAAUUGUGAGAAAUGUGGUGCAGCCUACAAGACCAUUGAGCCCUAUCGGAGACACAUAGAAAAUGAUUGCGGCUCCAUUAAGCCGUUCAAAUGUGAUCUAUGCCCCAUGGCAUUUGUGACCAAAUAUAAUUUGAAGCAUCACAAAGAUAAUCAUUCGGGAGAAUUGAAAUUCUGUUGCAGUUAUUGUGGCAGGAACUUCAAGCAGAAGGCACGUUUGGUGGAGCAUGAAAGAACCCAUACGGGAGAGAAGCCUUACAAGUGUGAUGUUUGUGGCAAAAGUUUCUCCCAUCGCGAAAGCAUUGUAACCCAUUCCACUAUACACACCGGCGUUCGCUUAGUCGAGUGCAAAUGUUGCAGCUCGCGUUUCUCUUGCUAUUCGAAUCUUAUUAAACAUCGGCGCAAUAGACCUGAUACUUGUGGUCAGCCAGAGUAUGAUCCGCCAAGAAAUCGCAUAAGGAAGCAUACCUCCAGAAUUCCGGCCAUACUAAAUCCCACUUCGGAAAUCAAGGUGGUCAAUGUAAAUAAAAUUAUUAAACCCGGAGAUUUGGAAAAAGCCAAUGCUUUGAAAAAAGAGUCCGCUGAAAAGCCAAAAGUUAAGUCAACUGCACGAAAACGUACAGCCGGAGAGGCAAAUUUAACCCGCAAAAAACCCGGUAGGAAACCCGGUAGAAAGCCCAAGCGCCAACUUGCUGAUGAUAGUGACGAUGAAGACAUCGAUUGGACAGGGGGAGCAGGAGCAAGCGAUGAUGACGACGAUGAUGAUAAACCCUUAAAAGCAAGCGGGAAGCCAAUAUCCGAACGCCCGAAAAGAGAGCGUCGUAAAAUUCGUCUACCAGAACUAGAACCCUUGGAAGAACUCAAUGUCUCUGAAAACAAUCCUGCCGCACAAUCAACAGCCUGGUCUGAUGAUAGUGAAGAUGAUUAUGUGCCUGAUUUCGAAAAGGAUGAUGACUCCGAUGAUGAUGAUUUAGAAGAAGUCAAAGAUAUCAAAUUUCCCAUUAAGAUAAAACAAGAGGCCAAGGAGGAUGCCACCAGUCCCCAUUUACAGGUAGAGACUGUCGAUGAGUUGGAAUAUACAGCCGUCGAUGUGAAUGCGGUAAAAUCCGAAGCAUCGGAGGAUACAAACAUCUUUAAUGAAAAGGAUAAGAUAUUAGAGUGUCUACUUAAUGAAAGCGACUACAGUCAUUUGGAUAGUGAAGCCACCACACCCACUAAGAAGGCUAAUGAUGACAAACAAAGCCCAACUACUAAAAAACGAAAAGCAGCAAAGAAUCACAAGCCUUCUCAAGACUCGGAUAACGAAUUUAUUUUGGAAGAAACCGAAGUGGUGUUGGUGAAGAAUGAAGAUAGUGAUGAGGAAAAUGAACAUUUUCCUUUGGAGGAUAUGUUGGAGGUGAAGGCAGAGUUCCCCCCUCUCUCCAUCGAUGAGUUAAACUUGGAAUGCCGUGUGCUGUUGGAAGACAUAACGAUACGCUUUCCCGAUUUGAAAACAAGCCCCUUCGUUAAGGUCUCCCGCAAUUGUCAGCCAUUCUUUUCGAAGAGCGCCACCGUCAAGGGUCUCUUAAAGAACGCAGGCAAACGUAAAUAUCGCCCGCGGGGCUUAAGAGUCAAACGUAACCCCGAGGAGAAUAGAAAAGCUCGUAUAACAAGCGAAGAACUAAAGGCUCGUUUGCAAAAGCGUGACAAAUCCUACCAGUGCCCGUUGUGCAUUAAAUUGUAUUACAUGAGAAAACCAUUCGAAAGGCAUAUGCGCGAGGAUCACAAUAAGACCGAUGAAGAGAUCAAGGAAAUGGUGAAACCCGUAAUCGAUGAUUUGGCCCCCGAUGAGGUUUUCAAAUGCCAUAUCUGCGACAAAAUUUAUUUGAUGGAGAAACGGCUCAAGGAUCACAUUCCCAAACAUGGAGAAGAUGGCAGUUUGUUGCACAAGUGUCCCUGUUAUUGCAACCAGUAUUUUGCCACCCGCGAAGAGGCCCAAACGCAUGCGCAAAUGUUGCACCGAGAGCUAUUGUGGUGUGAAAUCUGUGAGAAAUUCAUGCAAGGCAGCGAUGCCCUUAAAUCGCAUCGCACCCGCAUGCAUGGUACCAAGGAAAUUCAAUUUAAACGGAAUUUGAUUUGUGACAAAUGUGGCAAGAAAUUCAUGGGCCGAACCCAAUUAAUGGAUCAUGUGCGUUCGGAUUGUGGGCGUGUGCCCAUAUAUCAGUGUCAAGUUUGUGGCAAAUGCUUGACCACAGCGGGUAUAUUGAAGACACACAUGUUAUUGCAUCAGGAUGAUCGCCCCUAUUCCUGUGAUCAAUGCGGCAAAAGUUUCAAAAUCAAGGCCCAAUACAAAACGCAUGCCAAAUUUGCCCAUUCGGAUGAGAAGCGCUUUAAGUGCCAUCUCUGUCCCAAAGAGUAUCCCUAUCGCGAGAGUCUAUUGACCCAUAUGUCUGUCCACACUGGCAUUAAGCGUUUCCUUUGCAAUGGCUGUGGCAAAAGAUUUACUUGCGUCUCCAAUCUACAAGCUCAUCGUAAGGUCCAUGCUGAGACCUGUGGCCUAUUGCCCUUGAAUGCCAAGGCCACCCAAUAUAUGGGUGUGCAAAAGGGCAAUCUGCUGCUGGGUGCCAAACCCGAACCCGGUCUCGAUUAUGUGGAAACACAAACACUGGUAGCCAAAGAAGUCUACACACAGGAUGUGCAUAUGGCUGCCGAAGAUGUUAUUCGCAGUUCACAACCCAGCAAUUCUCUAAGCGGAGGAUUGCCUUUGAACUAUACCACAGAUAUAAUACUUUUAUAAUGUUCACACAUACAUGCAUACAUACAUUUUUAACAUAAUGUCAACCACUACUUUUACCGUUUAGUUACUGUAAUCAUUAUCAUAAUCAUCAUCUUCGUGAUGAAGAUGGCCUAUAUUAAUUAUUAACGUUAUUUAAAAUA